AUAUCCACGAGUCUGAUGUUGAUCUAAUCAAGAAUAACAUUAAAAUAACUUAUUAAAGAUUCUAUAAUGUAGAUAUCAAGCAUGUGAUAAAUGAAUAUAACAAUGCAGAUAUAAAGCCUGUAAAUUUAGUCCCGCGUGUAUCAUUUUAAAGUUGACUUACAAAACGGAACUGUGAAAUAAUAUAAGAGAAAUUAACGACUGAAGACGAAGACGAAUAAAACGUCAGAAAUGGCACUAGAAACAUCGACAUGCCUAAAUCAAUGCUUUGUGGAGAAGAUCCUGCGAAAGUCGGAAAACGACGAUUCGAUUCAGGUUAUCGAUAUAUUUUCAAAACCGGCUACGGUCAAGGGUGACAACUACUCUAGCGACAUGAUUAGGAUUACUGUCGAAUAUUCACGCGGCUCUAAAAUUAAAGAGAAAAAAUCAAUUAUUGUGAAACUGUCGCCUGUCGAUAAAGGUGUUCGACAGAAAUUAGUCACACAAACAGGUAUCUUUCACACAGAGAUGUCGAUGAUGUCCGAUACUUUGGAUAAAAUGAACAAAAUAUUAGGGACAAAGAACCGCUUGAGUGCGAAGAUUCUCCAUAUGCAAAAUGAAAAUCCAGUAUUUCUGGUGAUCGAAGAUCUCGCGCCUCUCGGUUUUCAAAUGGCUGAUCGUUGGUCUGGUCUUGACCUAGAUCAUUCCAUAAUGGCGCUUCACAGACUUGCCAUGUUUCACGCAGCCUCCGUAGCUCUAUACGAGAAGGAACCAAAGCAAAAAGAGAUGUAUAUGAAAAGAAUAUUUUCUAAUCAGAGCCUGCCAGAUUUAAGAGAAAUGCUCAUUAAUAGUGUUAAAGCUGUAGCAGACGAGAGUAUGAACUGGCCAGAAGUGAAAAAAUACUCGGAAAAAAUUGCUAAACUCUCCGAUCACAUGUAUCAAAUAGGAAUAGAUGCAACCCAGUUCUGUGAAGACGAAUUUAAUGUUAUUAAUCAUGGUGAUUGUCACGGGAAUAACAUGUUAUUCAAAUAUGACAAUAAUGGUCAACCUACUGAUCUGAUUUUUGUAGACUUCCAAACAAGUGUCUACGGAUCACCGGCUAUCGAUCUUCUCUACUUUCUUAAUUCAAGUAUUUCCUUUGAUGUCAUUGAAUACAAGAGAGAUGUUUUAUUAAAUGAAUAUCUUGAUACCUUGACAACGACUAUGAAAUUAUUGAACUGCAAGACGCAGUCGCCCACCAUGAAGGAACUGAAGGCUACCCUAAAACGAAGAGCGAGUUUUGGAAUGAUAACGUCCUUCCUCGUUUUACCGUUUAUGCUAUGCAGUAAAGCUGAGGCGCAAGAUUUGAAUGAAGUAUUCGGCACUGGUACUUGUGUAAAUGCAGGUUUAAAAAGUGAGACUUAUAAAAAAAUAUUGAUAAAAAGACUGCCAUUGUACGACGAGUGGGGUUUGCUGGAUCUUUACGACUUUUUCCUCAGAGGAAAGGACAUUUUUCGAGAAAAUUCUCCAUUUCCAAGUCUACUUUCAGAAAUGUCCGUAGAAACACCGACAUGGCUAAAUCUAUGCUUUGUGGAGAAAAUUCUGCGAAAGUCAGAAAACGACAAUUCGAUUCAGGUGAUCGAUAUAUUUUCGAAACCGGCCACGAUGAAGGGUGAUAACAACACUAGCGACAUGAUUAGGAUUACUGUCGAAUUUUCGCGCGGCUCUAAGAUUAAAGAGAAAAAAUCAAUUAUUAUCAAGCUCUCGCGUGAAGGUGUUCAACAGAAAAUGGACACACAAGCAGGUCUCUUUUACAUCGAAAUGUUGAUGAUGUCAGAUACUUUGGAUAAAAUGAAUAAGUUGUUAGGGUCAAAGCACCGCUUGAGCGGGAAGAUUCUUCACAUGCAAAAUGAAUAUCCAAUGCUUCUGGUGAUCGAAGAUCUUGCGUCUCUCGGCUUUCGAAUGGCCGAUCGUAUAUAUGGUCUUGAUUUAGAUCAUUCCAUAUUGGCACUUCGCGGAAUUGCCAGGUUUCAUGCUGCCUCCGUAGCCCUUUGCGAGAAGGAACCAAAGCAAAAAGAGAUGUGUUCGCAAGGAAUAUUUAAUGAUCAGCUUCCACCAGAAAUGAGAGAUAUUUUGAUUAAGAGUACUAAAGAUUUAGCAGAUGAGAUUGUCAACUGGCCAGAAGUGAAAAAAUACUCGGAAAAAAUUGCUAAACUAGCCGAUCAGAUACAUCAAAUAGGAUUGAAUGCAACCAAGCUUUGUAAAGACGAAUUUAAUGUUAUUAAUCAUGGUGACUGUCAUGCUAACAAUUUGUUAUUCAAAUAUGACAACAAUGGGAAACCCAUUGAUCAGAUUUUUGUAGACUUUCAAAUAUGCGUCUACGGAUCGCCGGCACUUGAUCUUCUCUAUUUUUUCAAUUCAAGUCUUUCCUUCGAUGUCAUUGAAAAUGAAAGCGAUAUUCUAUUAAAUGAAUACCUUGGCACCUUGUCAACAGUUAUGAAGCAAUUGAACUGCAAGACGCAACCGCCCACUAUGAAGGAACUGAAGGAUAUUCUGAAACGAAGAGCUAGCUAUGGAAUGAUAAUAUCCUUUACCAUUUUACCGUUUAUGCUGUGCUAUAGAACUGAGGCGAAAGAUAUGGAUGAAUUAUUGAGCACUGGUAUAAAUUCAGGUUUCAAGAGCGAGAGUUAUAAAAAGUUAAUGAUAAAAAGACUGCCACUGUAUGACGAAUGGGGUUUACUGGAUCUCUAAUGUUUACUUCACAUUUAGUGAUAGAAAAUCAAAAU